CAAGUGCUCCAUUAUAAACUUUUAUUUCCAUUCUUCAGUACAAAAAAAACAAACAAACAAACCGGAUAUUAAUUUAGAAUUAAAAAAUUUUUCGUAACACGUUACGCUUUGUGUUUUGUGUUUAUUCGAUUGACCAACAACGAUUGUUGGUCAAUUUUUUUUUCUAACCAACCAUAAAUAUCCAUAAUGGCCGACUAUCAACUUCUUGGUGAUCCUUUUGGUUAUCACCCUGGUUAUGCUGCUGCAAAUGCGGUUCAGAAUCCAAGUCAACCACCAGGUCCUGGACAGCCACCAACUGGAUUAGGUUUAUUACCUCCUGGUAGUGUUGGACCAGUUCCAGGUCAACCACCAUACCAUUCAUUACAACCUGGAUCUCAGCCCAGACCUGGAUAUCCACAAACGAGUGAUCCAUUAUCAAUGUCAAACAAGCUACAUCAAAGUUAUCCUGGUUAUGGUUCAGCACCAACGCCUGCAUCGAUUAGUUCGCAGUAUUCACAAAGUUAUAUGCCACCACCACCACAUGGAGCGAUGGAUUCUUAUCCAGGUUUAUCAAUGAGUCAGGCUUCACAUCUGGCAGCUUCAAGUGGUCACCAUUCGUAUGGUCCACCUCCUCCACAUCAAGCGGCUAUGAUGGCAGCCCAAUAUACCGGUCAAAGAUUACAUUCACCUAGUUCGUUACAUACGGCGGCGAGUGCUCGUCAUCCGACAAUGCCUUCACAAUAUUCACCUUACGCUUCAUCAUUACCAAAUUCUUCUAGUUAUCACGGUGGCAGUACGAGUGAAUUGUGGUCGUCAUCUGGUCAAACUCCAAUGUCAUCGCAUUUACAGCAAUCUCCCUUUACUAAUUUUCAAAGUUCUUCACAGACAACGCCCGGAGCGACGAGCAACUCUGCACAGACCUCAUCCACAUUAAAUUCAUUGCAUUCAAAUAGUUCGAGAACAUCACAAUUCGCUACUGGAAGUGAUUACGGUUCAUCCAGUGCGAGCAACCCUUACUUCCCAAAUCACAUGUCAAAUGAUCCAUCAUCAGCAUAUUCUACUAGUUAUGGAGCUGGAUCUGGUGCUUCCGGCUCUCAAUCUCAGCAGCCACCACCAUCAUCUAGUUCUCGAAGUUCAAAUUCAUCCAGAAGCCAACAUCAGCAAUAUGGUAGCCAACUAGCUUCAUACAACAACAGUUCGGCUACAUCAACUCAACAAUCGAACCAACCAUCUAUAACUAAUCCGGGUUCAGCAUCAUCAGCCGCAUCAGUUAGAGAUUCAGCUGCUUCGAGGUUUUCACACUAUUCGUCAUAUGCUCCAAGUAUAUCAGCAUACGAUCCAUCAAGUCAAGCUCGAUUAUCACCUUAUUCUACGCCACCAACUAGUAGUAGUACGUCACAGACCCCAAAUAGUCCACAAUUUCGUUCGACCAGUGGUGGCUAUCAAACCGGAUCAGCAUCGAUGAAUAGUCCACGGCGAACGACUACCACAUCACCGGCCGGAUCACCAAUGCCGCCAACAUCUCAUACACCUGGUCCAUCAUCGGUGGGGUCAAAUUCAACUCAAAGUUCGAAUCAAGGUUCUUCGGCAUUUUCAACAAAUCCUUCUAGCUCGAGCCAUCAUUUACCGAAUUCGGUUGGUUCAUCAAGCACUGGAACACCAUCCAGUCUUCAGCAACUCGAACAAAUGGUCAUGCCUCAUUUAGUUUCCGGAACCAGUAGCAAUACUUCAACGACGACGUCAAAAUCGACAAACAGUUCUUCAAAUAAUUCAAACACUUUCUAUUCGUCGAAUGCAAAUUCAUCACCAAUUUCACCAUCUCAGUCACAAUCUCAAAGUAAAUUGUUUCCCCAUUAUUCAUCAUCAUCAUCGACACCAAGCUCGCAAUUUCCUUAUCAUCAUUAUUCACAGCCAACUCCGACACAACCAGGUGCAGGAAGUUGGCCACCGGCCGCAUCAGUUAGUCCUAUGACAGCUUCAAAUACUCAUUCAUUAAAAUCAGGUGGACCGAGUGCUAUGCGGCAACCGCCAUUAGUUCACAGUGCUCAACAUUUAUCAUCAUCAUCAUCCACAUCGAAUAAGUCACACUCGACGAGUGCUAAUGAUGGCAGUUUAAUUACUUCACCAUAUUCAUCAUAUAACAAUUCAACAUCGACCAAUAAAGGAUCCAAUGAUCUAUCGGCCGAGAACAAUGAAUAUUCGCAAUCAACAUAUAAUUCAUCAUCAUCAAAUUCACAUUCAUCAUCAUCAUCAUCGAUACCCCAUUCCAUAACUCAAAGUAAUUACAUGAAUAGUCCAUUACCCCCACCACCAUCUUCGUAUGAUUCAAUGUCCAGUCAACAAUCAAAACAAUCGUCUUUAAAAAAUGAAACAUCAUCAAUGUAUGAUCAUAAUAAAAAUUCUCGUUCAGUGCUUGAUCCAAUGUCAGGGGAUCAAUCACAAAUCUCGAAUUCCUACCAUUCAAUGAUGCAACCUUCACCAUAUGGCAGCCAUUCAAUGCCACCAUAUCCUAAUCAUUCUCGCUAUGAUCAACCACCGCCGCCGCAUUCAUUGCAGUCAAAUCAAUAUGGUAUCUCAUCAGAGCUUUCCAAUUCUUCAUACAAUACAGCAGAUCAUGAUUCAACGAUGCUUUAUGAUCCGUACAAUAUUGAUAAUGGUCUUGGUAUGCCACCACAUCAAACCAUGUCCGAAUAUCGAGAAUCGCAAGCCAAUUUACAACAAUCUGGCGGGGUUCCAUCAGAAUAUCCACCAACCGAUCCAUAUGCUGCCAAUUUUGAUGAUUAUGAAACAACCAGUAAAAGAAAGGGAAAAGGUCGACCUAAAAAAGAUAAUGCUGCUCCAAAAAAGGAACGUAAACCACGACAACCUAGAUCUCAAACAACACGAGGUCGUGGUCGCGGUCGAGGUAAUAAAGCUAUGAUGGAUCAUAUACCAUUACCAGGGAUGAUGUCUCACGAAUACGCUGGAUCACCGGUCAAUUAUGGUGGGCCACCACUUAUGCCGCAACCAUUAGGUCCUGGUCCUAGUGUGAAUGAUUCAGUCGACAUGUAUGGUUCCAACAAUAUGGACAUGUACAGUGCACAUUCAUCAGUUUUAAGCUCUUCUGCAUCCAAGUUGCCUUCCUCAAAUUCAAUAUUACCUGUUACGCCGCCAACAGUCAACUCAUCAGUAUUACCACAUCAGCAUCCACCACCACCGAAUUCUGAAUUAAUAUCUUCGCCAUAUGGUUCUAAACCUGUGUCUAUGCCAGCAGUUCCAUCAUUGCCUGCAAUAAAUCAAAGCAAUAGUCAUCACAUGACUGCACCACCACCAUCAUCAUCAAAUGCCGUGAAUAGUCGAUCACCUAUUCCAUCAGUGUUAUCAACAACCUUACCACAACCGUCAUUGCAUACACUACCACCACUUCCUCCAACGAUAUCUAAUAAUCGAACGAAUUAUGAUUCUAUUCCAAUGACAGAUAAUUCAUCGUCAUAUAAUUAUGUUAAUGAUGAGCCUAAGGUUCCUAAUGUUUCAAGUGAUCAACAACCUUCUGAUAGGAAUUCUUCACCAAUUAUUUGUGAUAAUAAAGAUUUGGUGAGCAAUAAUAAUAAUAACAACGCCAAUACCCUUGAACAAACUACUACGACAACAAAAUCGAUAGCUCCAAAUCCUUAUGAGGAUUCUACUUUUCUAAUCGAUUCUGGAUCUUCAACAUCUGAUAUGAACAAAGACAAUAACAUCAAUCAAUCUUCAGAACAAACUAGCCAAAUAGCUUCUGUUCCAGUCACACCUUCAUCACUGCCUUCAGUUCCUUUAGAUUCGAUGGAUCAUAAUGAUAUUGAAAAACAAACACCUCUUCCGCCACCAUUGCCACCUAUAUCGAUUCCUACGAAUUUUAAUUUGUCCAAAUCAUCGCCAUCAAUUGAAAGUAGUUAUAAUUCAACAAUGUUACCAUCGACCGUUCCAUCAUCAUCAUCAUCUUCGGCAACAUUAUAUCCGUCUAAUUUCGAAACUGUUGCAAAAGAACAUGAAACUAUAGCCACAACAAAUGAUCAACUUUUAUCGACAAACAAUUUCGACCCUAAUUAUCCAACAAUGAAUAAUGCCAAAACUAUUCCACCUAUUUCGAAUCAGGUUGAUCUUGACAGUACCAUAAACAGUUUCACUGAUGAAACAAGUAUGCAGCUUGGUAGCUAUACUUCAUCAACACCGCUUCCUGAAAAACAUAAAAAGAAAAGAAAGCCUAAGAAAAAAGAAGUAACUGACGAUACGACAAUGGAUACAUUUACAUUUGACAACGAAAAUGUCGAUGACAAAUCACAAAAAACAAAAAUUAAAAAGAAAAGAUCUAAAAAAAUUAAAUCCGAACAAUCGAUUGAUGAAAAUACAUUGGUUUCGACAGAUCUAGAUGAAAAGACUCAAUUGUCAACAUCUAAUUUUGAUAUGAAUAGUUCAGUUACCGAUAGUGAAGUCAAACCACCAAAACGAAUACGGCCAAAGAAAAAGAAAUCACCCAAAAUUGAAGAGAAAUCCGAUAUUAAUACAACGGAAAACGAAUCAUUUGUUUUGACUGAUGUCAAUGGUGGUGAAUCAACUAAUGGUGAGCUGACACAAACAGUAAAUGCUGAAGAAGAAGCAAUUAAAAAGCCCAAAGUCAAAAAUAGGGCACCAAAAAGAAAGCUGCCUAAAUUAGCAUUGAAAUUUAAACUCAGCAAAAAACGUCGACGAGGAUUCGGAUCACCAGACAAUUCUGAUAUAGAAAAGACACCUCCACCUUCACCUGAUCCUGAAGAUGAAUCAGCUCUCAAUAAGAGACGAUCAGCUCGUAACACAAAACGACAACGAUAUAAUGAUGAUAUUGAUUUGGAUUUAUCGGAUGAAGAUUUUAUGCAAAAAUCUAAUGAUCAAAGUCAGGUGAUGAAUGUACAACUCACUGAAGACACAAUGGUUGUGGAAAAAAUAUUGUCUAGUCGUAUGGCCAAACGUGAACUAGAAUUUGAACCAGGUGACGAGAAUUACGGCGAAAACAAAGAACCAGUGUUUGUAGAUGUGGAAGAAUUUUAUGUCAAAUAUAAAAAUCUUUCAUAUUUGCAUUGUGAUUGGAAGACCGAAGAAGAAUUGGAAAAAGGUGACCGUCGUAUCAAUCUGAAACUUCGUCGAUAUAAACAAAAGAAAGAUAUAAAUGUUUUUGACUUUCUUGACGAAGAACCAUUCAAUCCUGAUUAUGUUGAAGUUGAUCGAAUCUUAGAUGUCAACGAAAUCGAAGAAAUCAUAGAAGAAGAAAUUAAUGUUCCCAUAGAGGAAACUAAUGAUGAACAAAAAGAUGAACAGAAACCUGAAUUAAGUGUUGAUGAAGAAAAGAUGGAUGUCGAAGAAAAACCUACGGAAUCAGAUAUCAAAAGUGAUGAUAAUAAUGAAAAUGUCAAAAAAGAUUUAUCGAUCGAUGAAGAAAAAUUAAAUUCAGAAGUUGUGAAUGAUGAAAUCAAAUCAAAUGAUGAAUUGGUUAAAAACAACAACGAAAUCGACAAUAAAGAAUCUGUUUCAAAUGUUGAAGUUGAUAAAAUGGAAACUAGCGAAAUCGAAUCUAAACCUGAUGGAAUUGAAUCUAAAUCUGAUGAAAUCGAAUCUAAAUCUGAUGAAAUCGAAUCUAAAUCUGAUGAAAUUGAAUCAAAACCUGAUGAAAUCGAAUCUAAACCUAAUGAAAUCGAAUCUAAACCUGAUGAAAUCAAAGAAUCACCUGAAUCGCCAGAAGAAAAAUCCGAGACAAUUAAUUCAAAUGUAGAAGAAAAGAAAUUGAUUGACGAACCGAAAAAAGAACAAAAACAAAUCGUAAAGAAAACUAGAAUUGUUCGCCACUUUUUGGUCAAGUGGAGAGGAUUGUCGUAUGAAGAAAGCACCUGGGAAUUGGAAGACGAUAUUGAUGAUCGAUCGAAAAUUGAACAAUUCUGGAAAUUCCGUGAACCACCACCAAAAAGUGAGUGGAAAAUCAAAAAGAAACCUAAAGCCACUGAAUGGCAGAAACGAGAACAAUCGCUAGUUUAUAAAAAUGGUAACACUCUUCGUGAAUAUCAAUUAGAAGGUGUCAAUUGGCUAAGUUUUUGUUGGCACAAUGGGCAAAACUGUAUUUUAGCUGAUGAAAUGGGUCUUGGUAAAACCAUUCAAUCAAUUACAUUCAUCCAGGAAAUGAUUAGCUAUGGAAUUCCAUAUCCUUAUUUGGUGAUUGCACCAUUAUCAACGAUUGGAAAUUGGCAAAGAGAAUUUGAAACAUGGACAGAUUUGAAUGUUAUCACUUAUCAUGGAAGUUCUCCAAGCCGUAACAUGCUUCAGGAUUAUGAAAUGUAUUACAAAAAUGAAAAAAAUGAACGCAUACCUAACGUGUACAAAUUUCAAGUAAUGAUCACCACAUUCGAAGUAAUAUUGGCAGAUUGCCUUGAACUUAGUAAGAUUAAAUGGGUUGCUUGCAUCAUUGAUGAAGCCCACCGGCUUAAAAAUCGCAAUUGUAAAUUGCUUGAAGGAUUACGCAUGUUGCAAAUCGAUCAACGUGUUCUCUUGACUGGUACACCAUUGCAAAACAAUGUCGAAGAAUUGUUCAGUCUUCUUCAUUUUCUCGAACCAUCGCAAUUUACUUCGAAUGAAAAUUUUAUGGCUGAAUUUGGUGAUCUUAAGACGGAAGCUCAGGUAGACAAACUAAAGGCUAUACUUAAACCGAUGAUGCUUCGUAGAUUGAAAGAAGAUGUAGAAAAAUCUCUGGCACCCAAAGAAGAAACAAUCAUUGAGGUUGAAUUGACAAACGUACAGAAAAAAUACUAUCGCGCCAUCUUAGAGCGUAAUUUUCAAUUUCUAAGCAAAGGUGGCACCUAUGCUAAUAUCCCUAAUCUGAUGAAUACGGUGAUGGAAUUGCGAAAAUGUUGCAUCCAUCCGUUUUUGAUUAACGGUGCUGAAGAACAGAUAUUACAAGAAUUUCGUAGUACACAUAGUGAUGCAUCAACAUUGAAUGCUAUUAUUCAAGCAUCUGGUAAAUUGGUUCUUAUCGAUAAACUGCUUCCUCGACUAAAAGAAAAUGGUCAUCGUGUUUUGAUUUUCUCACAAAUGGUUCGUUGUUUGGAUAUUCUCGAAGAUUAUCUUUGUCAAAAACGUUAUCCAUUUGAACGAAUCGAUGGAAGAGUCCGUGGUAAUUUACGUCAAGCUGCCAUUGAUCGAUUUAGCAAACCAGAUUCCGACCGAUUCGUUUUUCUUUUAUGUACUAGAGCUGGUGGUUUGGGCAUUAACUUGACAGCAGCUGAUACUGUUAUUAUUUUCGAUUCGGAUUGGAAUCCUCAAAAUGAUCUCCAGGCACAAGCUCGUUGUCAUCGUAUUGGCCAGAAAAAAUCGGUUAAAGUUUAUAGAUUGAUUUGUCGAAACACUUAUGAACGCGAAAUGUUUGAUCGCGCUAGCCUAAAACUGGGCCUUGACAAAGCUGUAUUGCAAUCAAUCAAUGCUCAGAAAAAUCUGACUCCCGAAAAUCAAUUGACCAAAAAAGAGAUUGAAGAUCUUCUGCGAAAAGGUGCUUACGGUGCUUUGAUGGAAGACGAUGCAGCUGGCGACAAAUUCUGUGAAGAAGAUAUUGACAUGAUAUUGCAACGUAGAACAACUAAAAUUGUCAUUGAAAGCGAAGGAAAGGGGUCUACUUUCUCUAAAGCUUCUUUUGCUACUUCUGAUAAUCGAACCGACAUCGAAAUCGACGAUCCGAAUUUCUGGGAAAAAUGGGCUAAAAAAGCAAAUUUUGAUGUUGAUGAAUUGAAGACCCGAAAUGAAUUAAUUGUUCAAGAACCUCGAAAAAGAACGCAAACUAAACGGUUUGGUGCUGAUGAUGCUGUGCUCGAUAUUUCCGAACUGGACACUUCGACCGAUGAAGAAGAAGCUAUAUCAGCUAGGACCCGUGGAAGUCGCAACCGAACACCUAGUACUGGCAAAAAGAAGCGCAGAAGUCGUUUCUAUGAUCCUGAACAUGACGAAGAUUAUGCCCAAGAAAUUGGAUUUGGAUGGACAAGAUCAGAAUUUUUCAAAGUAGAAAAAGGUCUACUCACAUUCGGCUGGGGAAGAUGGGAUGAAUGUGCUAUGUUAGCGAAAUUCAAACGAAAUUUAUCACAAGUAGAUGUUGAAGACAUUUCUCGAGUGAUAUUGUUAUUUUCGCUCCAAAAUUACAAAGGUGAUGAAAAGGUGAAAUCAUUUAUUUUGGAUCUUAUUACCCCACCAUCGGAAAAAAGUGAAUCGUCAGAUUCAAAUACAAAACCAUCAUCGGAAAACGAAGAAUGCCAAAGUCGACGAUCAAAAAAGAACAAAGGAAUCAUUAAACCGAUUUGUGAAGAAUUGGAAACUUUGGAUUGGGCUAAAAGUGAAAAAUAUAAUCCAGACAUCCAAAUGAUUGAUGAAACAUAUCGAAAACAUUUGUUACGGCAUGCUAAUAAAAUUCUUUUGCGUGUACGAUUGUUGGCUUACAUCAAAAGUGAAAUCAUUGGCGAUCUUCAUGAAAAAGUAUUCAGCAGUCUUCAUGUUAAAGAUAUACCGCUUCCAUAUUGUCAACCUGAUUGUGAUCCACCUGCACCAUGGUGGAACGAAGAAGCUGAUAAAUCGUUGAUUAUUGGCGUUUAUAAACAUGGUUAUGAUCGUUACAAUUUGAUGCGACAAGAUCCAGCUUUGUGUUUUUUGGUACUUUGUGGUCCACCUGAUGGCGCAGCUUUAUUAGCGGAAAUUACAUCUGAAGAUGAUGUAGUAAAAAUGGAUGAUGAUGAUGAACCGGAUACUCCAGCUACUCCUGCUACACCGGCUCAAGAACCUAAAGAUGAAAAAAGUGAUAAAAUUAGAGAAGGCGAUGAUGUAAAAGAAAAAGAUUCCAAAGAACCUCAACAAACUCAACAACAACAAUCGCAGCAACAGCAGUCAGAACAAAAUUAUUUACCGUUUCCAACUACAUCUGAAAUGAAUAAUCGUCUUCGUCGAUUAGUUACUUGUUACCAACGAAGUUUUAAGAAAGAAGAAGCUCGAAUCGCUCAAAAGGCUCGACAUAUGCAACGUUUAGAAAGAUUGGAAAAGUUUGAAGCUGCCAUUAGGGAACGUGAAAACAAAAAACGUGAACAAGCUCAAAAGAAAUGGUCUAGGAGAGAAGAAUCAGAUUUCUAUCGGGUUGUAUCUUCUUUCGGUAUCGAAUAUAAUAAAAAGACUGACACGUUUGAUUGGACUCGAUUCCGCAUGUAUGCCAAAUUGGAAAAGAAAUUAGAUGAAACUUUGACCGAAUACUUUAAAGCUUUUUACGCCAUGUGUAAGAAAGUGGUUGGUCGACGAUUGACAGAAGAUGAAGAAAAUUUGCCGAUCAGUGUUGAUCCCAUUACUGAAGAACGAGCUAAUCGAUGUUUGGCUAGAAUCGAACUUUUGAAUAAAGUUCGAGAUGAAAUUCUCAAUCAUCCAGAAUUGAAUGAACGACUCAAACUUUUCCAACCACAAUUAGAUCUUCCCGAAUGGUGGAUCUGUGGCAAACACGAUAAAGAUUUAUUAAUUGGUGCAGCCAAAUAUGGUCUUAAUCGGUUAGACUAUAAUCUAAUGAAUGAUACCGAACUUUCAUUCAUAGAAAUUGUUAGAAAUUUUGAAGCACAAACAGCAGCCGAAGAAAAAGUUGUAAAUGAAAAAGCUGGAUUCGAGGUCGAAAUACGAUCCAUUCUAAAUAAUAUGAUUGAUCAAAUUUCAAAAGAAUUUGAAGACCCGGAAACAUCUAUGGUUGAUGUAGAUUUGGAAGGAAAUGAAUCGAAAGAAAUGAAGCAUUUAACAUCAGAAUCUGAUAUAUCUUCAACAUAUAUUCGUCCUCAAUUGAAAUGGCCCCGAGAUCGUGUAUUGCAAAUACGAUUGGAAAAUGUUUGUUUAGCUGUUGAAAAGAAUGAAUGGCCAACAUUCAGAGGUAUUGCUAAUGUGAUGCCUCAUUCAUGCAAUACCCCAAAUAUGACAACGGCUGAUAGCUCGCCUCGACCAAGUACACCAUGUAGUCUGUCAAGUGCUAGCCAGGAGCCAACACCACAUCCAACACCUGAUCAUACACCUCGUCAUGAAACACAAUCUCCAUUCACUCCAAGUGAAUAUUUUUAUCAACCCAAUACUGCACAAUCAGGACAGAUCAUUAGUAAUUUGGAUGAUUCGAACAAAAAACGAAGACGUCGUCGAAGACGUUUUGAAAUGGAUAAUGAAAAAACUAAAUUGCAUAGCUUGCUCAAUGCAAAUUUGGAUCAAUCUCAUAAUCAAUCAUCAUCGAAUAUCAAUAAUAACAAAAUGAAUCAAAACGUUGUAACAUCCAGUUCAAAUGUUUCACCUGUACAAAAUAAUCCGAAUUCUUUUGCCUCUGCAUUGUUUAAAAACACCAAAACAACUAAUUCUUUAUUGAACAACAUACCAUCUCAAUUCUUGACACCAUUACUCAAUAACUUGCCAUUCAAUAUUCGUUCAACUCUUCGUGAAGAAUUAUUGAAUGAUGAAAAAGCUGCAUCUAUACUAUUUGGACCAUCAUUCCAAUCUACUUUAGCAGCAGCAGUAGCUAAUGUUUCGAAAGUACAAGCCGCCAAAUCGGCUAUUGCCAACACUGCUGUGAUUCCUGGAUCUGAAACAACUACAACAUCGAAAGGAGGAUUGGUUUCAUCCGGACCUCCACCUGCACAUCAAAGUUCUUCAAGAAAUGCUCUCUCGUUGGGAUCGUUGGAUUUAACAUCAAAAUUUAAAUCCGCAACGAGUGCAGUUUUAGAAAAAACAAAUGCACCAUCAAGUCGUUCGAAUAUACCAGUUCCACAUCCAGCUCAUAAACAUUUUCAAAAGAAUCCUAAUGAAAAAGCAGAUGUUCUCGAUUUAAGUUCCGUUCCAUGUAAAAGUGGGCCUAGCAAUAACAGAUCCAGCUCGAUGGCUAAUCUGCUAAGCCAAACAUUGAAGAAAUCAAAUUUUCCAGAGACAUCAACACCAAAUUCAAAUCCUAGCCUACCCGCUAGUAGUGGUAAAAGGAGAGGAAAGACUGGCAGUAGAAUUGAUGCCUUGGCUUUGAAUUUGCAAGCCAAAAAAAUGAUGGAAGAAGUGAAACAUGUGGACAAUCAUGUGGGACCUAACUCAAAUUCUACAUUGUCCGGUAAAUUUCCAACACCACCACAACAACAGCAGUCGAUGUCUGUAUCUACUGCUGUCACUUCCUCUGUCCAUACACCAUCAACUAGUAGUUUAUCUCGGAAUUUGUUCAAUGAGAAAGACUUGUUGGCUGCAUUCACCAGUUUAUCAUCUCAACAACAACAACAACAACAUGAUAAACGUCAAACUAAUACAUUAUUUGAUGAAUUAUCGAAAUCUCCUUUGUUUCAUUCUGUUAAGAAAAAUAAUUUGGCAAAUCUGGCUCAGCAAACCUCAUCCGCAACAUCUUCAAGUUCUUCAACCAUCGCCAACACUAUGGGAACGAAAAAACCUUUGGCAGCUAGUGAUGUCAGUAAAGCAUAUUACAACAUGAUGGAAUCAUUCAAAUUGUUGAGCAAACAACCUCAACCAUCAAAGCAAAUGCCAUCACCAUCAUCAUCUGGAGGCGAUAAAAAUCCUUUGCUUGAUCCCAAAGCUAAUAUGAUGAAACAAAAUCUUAAAGCUCUUCUGGAAGAAAAUCCUGAUCUUUUAUCACAAAGUUCUACAUUCCUUUCGAUUUUCAACAAUCCACUGUUUGCUCAAAGUUUGUCACAGGGAUCUAAUCAAUCUGCAUCUAGUUCGGCUGCCACUGUGACAUCACAAUCACAAUUACUUCCACCACCGAUUCCGAACGUCGAUGACAAAGCAAAGAAUACACGAUCCAGUAAACGUACUCGAUCUCAAUUUGAAGCUCAAUCAUCACCAUCAAAUAACAAUGGCGGAGAGGAAUUAUUGGCAAAACGAUCAUUGUUGAAUGUUCCUGGCAUGUCAUCAUUAAUCGAUCCAAAGAAAUAUCUUUCAUCGUUAUUGGAAAAAAAUAAUGCUGAUUUAAAAAAUCUUAUGAAAGAUAAACCAACUACUCAAACAUCAUUCAAAACACCUUCCAUAUCACCCAGUAGUUCAUCUUCGAUUCGUACUCGUACAAGUGACAAACGUUCUUCACAGACGCCUAGUUCUUCAGCUUCAACUAGAACUAGUAAUCCUAAUUUUUCCAAUAUGAAUGCCUCAAAUCUUUUGAAUAAUCUCUCGUUGGCCGCUGCUGCCGGAACUUCAAGCAAACAACAGCAGCAAGCAGCUUCUUCACUUUUAGCCAACACAUAUGCUAAUGCAUUGAAUGCAACUGGAAAGUCCAAUCCGAAUUUUUCAAAUUUUGCCAAUUUAGGCUUCAACAAUAAUAUGCUAUCUGGACUUCCAUCAAUGAAAAUGUUUUUGGAUGCUGCCGCAGCCGCUGCUGCAGCAGUUUCUAAAGCAUCGUCCACAACAAAUACGACGAGCACAAAUAGCACAGCUACCUGCACUACUCCAGCAUCUACAACUACGAACACAACGCCAUCAUUGUCUUCAUUCGCUAAUCUUUUCGGCAUUAAUAAUCCGUUGUUCAAUUUUUCAAAUUUUUCAAAUCUGGCCAAUCUUAAUCAAUCGACUAAUAAGAGAGAUGGACCGCCAAGUAAUGUUGAUUUUGCAUCUCUUGCAAACAGUUUGGCAUCUUCUGCUGGCACUAAUUUAAAUGCAGGUGUAAACGAAGACAAAAUGAAAUCAUCAAGUAGUAAAAAUUCGUCAAAUUCUGGCAGCAGUAACAAAGGUAACAAAAAUCCUCUUAAUUCGACUGCAACCAACAUGCUAGGUUCAUCUGGCUUACCUUCGUCAUCUUUACCUUUUCUGUAUUCAAAUCCAAAUUUCCCAAUGCCUUCGCUGUAUCCAUUAAAUUUUGGUCUCACAUCUCCUUUUCUCAAUAAUACCAAUUUGAUGAAUGGUUUGGCAAAUUUUUCCAAUGUAUUCACAUCAACAACAAGCACACCGACAUCGAGUUCUAAUGUAAAUCAAAAGAGCAAACUCUCUUCAUCUUCAACGAAUAAAGGCAACAGUAAAUCAAUGAAAUCGUCAAGCUCUUCUUCAGCAUUAGCAAAUAGUCUAUUGACAAGUUCAGCUGGUCAUCAUUCUACUGGCGCAGCAGCGGCGGCUGUCACCAGGGAAUCUGAUGAUGAAAGUCUGAAAUCAUUGAUGGCUAAUGAGGACGAUGAAGAUCAAAAUGGUGAAUUCGAAGGAGAUACACCAGAAAAAGAUACAGCUAGAACCAGAAACACUGGUAGACGAAAUCGAUCGGCAAGACAAUCUUCAUCCACUACAACGGUAUCCAAAGAUUAUAAAAGUAAUCGUAAAUCAGCUGCUACCUCAAAAUGAACCAUAUUGCACCACAUCAACAUAUUUGAUUUGACUGAAUUGAUCUUGAUUCUUAUUUAUUGAGACAAAAAAAAAUUAUAUUACUGCAAAUUUUUAAAACAUCAAAUUCAAUUGUGAUAUUUUCGGCAUGAAUCAAUUUUAUUAACUCA